AUGCAGUUGCAAUUAUCAUCAUCAUCAUCAACAACAAGAACAACAACAGUAGUCCUAUGUCCGCCACUGAAGAUGUCUUUUCAAGAAUGCGCCAGCCAUCCCAUGGAAAAUUUGGCCAUACUGAAUAAGUGUGACAAACGACCACAAAUCAACAUCAUCAUCACAUAUCAACCCUUCGGAAAAUUAAACAGGAGAUUGGCAGCAGCAUUCUUCUGGUAA